CAAUAUCUGUAACAUAUUUCACAGUAAUUUAGCAAUAUGUAAAUUACCUUGUUGGGAGUUGUCAGGAAAAGGUACAAACUGUGAUACUCAAACUACCAAGUGGAUCAAGCAAGGAAAACUGGGCUUAAAAAGCUAUAUAAAUUGGUGGAAAUGACAAUAUGCAUUCUAAUGCUAACUGGCACACUGUAGGAAGCAGCUGGAAGCAAAUAGUCCCCAAGGUACACUUGUUAACAUUGCACUUGUUUAUAAAGCUUGUGAAAUCAAACAUUCAGAAUGCAUCUACUCUCCUUCUGAUGACAGGUAAACAGGGACAAACAUCAAUGGGAGAAGGAAACCAAACUUUUGUGCUUGAAUUUACCUUGCUGGGACUUUCACAGGAUCCAAAGAUCCAAAUCUUGCUGUUCUGUGUUUUCCUGAUCGUUUACCUUCUCUCUGUUUUUGGAAACCUGCUCAUAAUAAUCCUUAUCCAAACUGACCCUCGACUUCACACUCCCAUGUACUUUUUCCUCAAAAACUUGUCCUUUGUUGAUCUUUGUUUCUCUACAAGCAUCGUUCCCCAGAUGUUGGUCCACUUCCUUGUAAAAAAGAAAACCAUUUCCUUUGCUGGGUGCUCACUACAGAUAGUUGUCUUCCUCCUAGCAGGGUGUACAGAGUGUGCUCUUCUGGCGAUGAUGUCCUAUGACCGCUAUGUGGCAGUCUGCAGGCCCCUACACUAUUCUACUCUCAUGACCCAGAGGGUUUGUGUCCAGCUGGCCAUAGUGUCCUGGAUCAGUGGGGCAUUUGUGUGUUCCGUGGACAGUGCAUUUACACUCUGUCUCCCCUACCAGGGACAGAACAUAAUUAAUCACUAUUUUUGUGAACCUCCUGCACUCCUGAAGCUGGCUUCUGCAGACACCUACAAUGCUGAAAUGGCCCUCUUUUCAAUGGGUGUGAUUGUUCUCCUAGCUCCUGUCUCUCUCAUCCUGGUCUCUUAUUGGCGUAUUAUCUCCACUGUGAUUUGGAUGCAGUCAGGCGAGGGGAGGCUCAAGGUGUUCUCUACCUGUAGCUCCCAUCUCACUGUUGUGGUUCUCUACUAUGGCUCUGGAAUAUUUGCCUACAUGAGACCCAAUUCCAAGACAAUGAAUGAAAGGGAUAAGGUCAUUUCUCUGUUCUAUUCAGUUAUGACUUCAAUGUUGAACCCCAUAAUUUACAGCCUGAGGAACAAGGAUGUGAAGGGAGCUCUGAGCAAACUGGCUGGAAGAUAGUCAACAUUCAGAGGCAAUGAUUUUUGACAUUUUUAAAAAGUACUUUGAACACUGUGAUAGACAACAAUAGCUCUACUAGCUUCAUUCUUUCUUUGCCUUGCCUUGUUUACCUCAGCUGAUUUUCUUCUCUACAAAUAUUCACUGAAUGCCUACCCUAUGAAAACACUGUGCCCAGGAUCUCAAAAUAUGAGUAACUUAAUGCCUUUCUUAAAAAACUUGAAAUUCACAAGAUAACACAAAUAUAACUCUUUUAAGAGGUAACUCUUUCAAAAGCUAAAUAAAGAAGGAAUAUUUUACAAACUUUUGCACAGCAGAGGAAACCAUGAACAAAAUGAAAACCUAUGGACUGGGAAAAAUAUUUGCAAAUGAUGGAACCAAGAGCUUAAUU